GGAAGUUCUCCGCUGAAGGACCGGGAAGCAGCUGAAGUCUGUGCGAUGGCGGUUCUGGGUGCUUUAUUCAGGGGGAGGCCCGAGGCUACGGUGCCACCGCGGUAGACUGGACCUGGGUGGCGGGCUCCGGGGCCCCGAGGUGAAGAGCAUCAAGGGCUGAACUCAGACCUUAGAAGGGAACCUGGGAAUUGUGACGGCUCCUCUUGCGCCCACUCUCUCACCCCAGGAAUGGAGGGGUCUAAGACAUCCAGCAGCACCAUGCAGGUAAGCUUCGUGUGCCAGCGCUGCAGCCAGCCCCUGAAACUGGACACGAGCUUCAAGAUCCUGGACCGUGUCACCAUCCAGGAGCUCACAGCUCCAUUACUUGCCACAGCCCAGGUGAAACCAGGAGAGACCCAGGGGGAAGAGGCCAACUCAGGAGAGGAGCCAUUUAUAGAAACUCGCCAGGAUGGUGUCUCUCGCAGAUUCAUCCCCCCAGCCAGGAUGAUGUCUACAGAAAGUGCCAACAGCUUCACUCUGAUCGGGGAGGCAUCUGAUGGCGGCACCAUGGAGAACCUCAGCCGAAGACUGAAGGUCACUGGGGACCUUUUUGACAUCAUGUCAGGCCAGACCGAUGUGGAUCACCCACUGUGUGAGGAAUGCACAGAUACUCUUUUAGACCAGCUGGACACCCAGCUCAACGUCACUGAAAAUGAGUGUCAGAACUACAAACGCUGUUUGGAAAUCUUAGAACAAAUGAAUGAGGAUGACAGUGAACAGCUACAGAUGGAGCUGAAAGAGCUGGCACUGGAGGAGGAGAGGCUGAUCCAGGAGCUGGAAGAUGUGGAAAAGAACCGCAAGAUAGUGGCAGAAAAUCUCGAGAAGGUCCAGGCAGAGGCUGAGAGACUGGAUCAGGAGGAAGCUCAAUAUCAGAGGGAAUACAGUGAAUUUAAACGCCAGCAGCUGGAGUUGGAUGAUGAGCUGAAGAGUGUAGAAAACCAGAUGCGUUAUGCCCAGAUGCAGCUGGACAAACUGAAGAAAACCAACGUCUUUAAUGCAACCUUUCAUAUCUGGCACAGUGGACAAUUUGGCACAAUCAAUAACUUCAGACUGGGUCGCCUGCCCAGUGUUCCUGUGGAAUGGAAUGAGAUUAAUGCUGCUUGGGGCCAGACGGUGUUGCUGCUCCAUGCCCUGGCCAAUAAGAUGGGUCUGAAAUUUCAGAGGUAUCGACUUGUUCCCUAUGGAAACCACUCAUACCUGGAGUCUCUGACAGACAAAUCUAAGGAGCUGCCGUUAUACUGUUCGGGGGGGUUGCGGUUUUUCUGGGACAACAAGUUUGACCAUGCAAUGGUGGCUUUCCUGGACUGUGUGCAGCAGUUCAAAGAAGAGGUUGAGAAAGGCGAGACACGUUUUUGUCUUCCUUAUAGGAUGGAUGUGGAGAAAGGCAAGAUUGAAGACACAGGAGGCAGCGGCGGCUCCUAUUCCAUCAAAACCCAGUUUAACUCUGAGGAACAGUGGACAAAAGCUCUCAAAUUCAUGUUGACGAAUCUUAAAUGGGGUCUUGCUUGGGUGUCCUCACAGUUUUAUAACAAAUGACCCUUUUUUUUUUUUUAGGAGGAUGUUUGCCUUAAAGGCUUUAAUUUUUGUUUGCAAAAAAAUGUUUUAAAUUAAAUUUGGAUAAUACUGAACAGCAAAUGUUUACAAUACCAAAAAAAAAAAAAAUCAUGAAAGCCACUUUAUAUAUUUUAGAAUAUCAAAUGACAGUUUCCAGAGCUACAACGUACCGUGGAUAGCUACCAGUCCCUGUUGUAGUUUUGACUCUUAAUCCCAUGCCUUCCUUUCCUCCCUUCCCUAAAACUACUAAUUUAAGUUUUUUGUUGGUUUUUUUAAAACUAAGAGUUAAAUUGAGAUGGAUGUGCUUCCACUGGAUUUUCUCUCUCCACUUCUUGCAUCUACAACAUGAAAUAGAAACCUUGGUCUCCACUAAGAUGAGCGAGAUGUGCGAGGCACACAGUUGGGUAAUGUGGGAAAAUGACAUACAAGCUUUGCCUGGUCACGAUGUGCUGUGAUUAGAAGCUUGGAACUUAACACUUCUCACUUGGCUCUAGUGAAUGCCUCCUCCGCUCUGUGUUAGAGAUAUGAAAUGGUGUUUGAUACUGUUUGAGCAUUAUGGAAAGAUUUAAUUAUUUGUAAUAAAAGAGUUGCUGCAGUCUGAUAACUGCC